AUGCUCGAUUCGUGCAUUUCUACCUGAUUAUUGUAGAGAAUGUUUUACCAAGUUCGGUGUGCGUCGAGGAAAGAAAAAUCGAAGAAGGAAGAAAAGCAGGAAAAUAUUGGAAAUGAAAGCACCUUAAUUCCGAGCGCGAAAUUAAAGCUGGACGUUAAAGGGUAAAAAUCAAGGAUGUUGGGCAAUUUCGUCGGUUAUUUGUUCGGAAAUAACUACUCCGGUACACAAGAUUCACUUGAGGAGGAUCCUCGAACUCGGGGGAUAACACGGAGAUUCAGGCAAGUGGAGGUCGAGAACGAUGAGUGGAUCCUCAUUGACCGAACUGUUGAGGGUACAUUGGAGGAGCCGUGGUACGAAAUGCCACCUGCAGUGUUCACGCAAGAAGGGCCGGUAAAAGUGGCAACCUCGCCCAUGGAGAACCUGUUAAUAGAGCACCCUAGCAUGUCCGUUUACUCCGUUGUAUCGGCGACGGCGUCAUCUCCCGCCGUCGCGCCGGACACUCCGCCACCUUCGCCGGACGGCUGGACAGAGGGUGAAGAAGAUGUCAAUGUUUCCCAAGACAUCAAUACUCCCCAAGACGUUCCACCGGCACCACCAGCCAAUCUCUCGUCCUCCACGUCCACCCUGUGCACCAUGUCCACGUCCCUGGAUUGCAGUCCAGACCGGAGUAACAUCGACGAAUUGUCGCGCAGAGUUGUCGCGGAAUUACAAGCCAUCCAUAGUGACAGAUUGCCCACAUCCGAUAACAACGCAGCUAGGAUCGGAAAUCAACUCCGCGCCGUUCGAGAACGGGCUCAACAGGUGCUAAAGAAGCGUUCGACUCAAAAUCUUAAGAGGGCCCGCCUGGAAAGAAGCAACAAAGUACAUCAGACGAGAGGCAAGCGACUCCGUCGCCAGGACCGUUUGCGCGUUCGUAACAGUGGCGCCAGUAACAACCGGAAAUGCUAGUCACCCGAUCUCAGGCCAAGCUGUACUUAACUUCUUCUUAAAACGCGACGACCAACACUACGAAAAAAAAAGAGCUCGGUGAAGUUUCGUUGCAAUAACGAGCAGCAGGCCCACCAUACUACUUGUCCGACAUGAGACAGUCGCUGAUAUGAGACUAAUGGCUCUAGAGAUUCUCAAGUGAGAGCCUAAGCUACUACUGAUGGCUUUCGAUCGAUCUUUUAUCUAUUCUGUACAUCCGGAAAAAUGACUGCUGCGUGAUUUUGCUAAUUCGACUUACAUCUUCAAUGAAAAAACUUUUCCUAGAAAUUUAUCACAGGUCCAACAUGUUUGUUCACAAAUAUUUUCAGUUGAGCUAUAAUUAAUCGAAAGGCUGGACGGGAAAAUUAAAAAAUCGGAAUCACGCGGACUCUCACUCGAGAAUUCUUAACUGACUUUUGCUUCAUAAUAAAGACCAACCUUAUCAUGGACUUUUUAACACAAAAUUUUUUUAACCCGCUAUCACGACUUAAGACGCACAGAUCAAACGGAAUGCUCUUCAAAACUGACAUACGCAUACGCUAGUUUUAUCAAUCUCAGUUUACCUUAGUUAUUUAUUAAUAAGUAAAAUAACGUAAUGUAAAUAUAUAACAGGAAAUUGCCUAUGACAAAUGUGAUGGUUGCAACUCGCAACAAGUGCUAUUCAAAGCAAUGGUUUGUUUUAUUCAUAAUUGAUCGAGCUAUUUAUUUUACUGUUUCAUGAUGAAGUGUUUUGCUAUAAUCCAUUCGCGUAUGAAAUAGGUAUAGAUCUAAUGGAGUUUGUUGUGACGAAAUUUUACUUGCAAACGCGUUCUCAUUCGUCCAAUUGUGCGAGCGAGUAGAAGUGUGUACAUUUUUGGCGAUUAGGAUUAGUAUACGCGCGCGCGUAUAAUCACACACACACACACACACACACAUACAUCACAAAAAUCGAGUGACAUGUUUAACCCUUUCUACAUAAGCUUCGUAAAUAUUUUAACAAAAAUGUUUGGCGUCAUAAAGUUCUAUCGUAAAUCUAAUUGGCGUAUGCUCUUAUAUUCAAUCAAAAUUAAGAGCCAAUCAGAUUCACGAUUUUUACAAUAGUUGCAAAAAACAGCUUUUCCUGCUCCACGCAGCAUUCUUUAUUUUAAUUGUCACACAUUGUAUAUCUGACUUCAACUUACAUCUCAAUGUAAUCCCCCUUAACACGUUACUUGCAGUUUCUUUUUAGCAAUAAAUAAAUCCUUUUUUAUGGAAAGAGCACAAAAAUAAAUGCAAUAAUCUUCAAAUAUAUUCGCUGAUAUUAAAAGUGACCAAACAAUCCCAUGAAAUGACGUUUAAAUUGUUUACAAUGACAAAAGAGAUUUUAUUUGUCAUGAAAACGAGAAAAGACGCUGUCGUGUAAGACAAAUAUUAUUCUUUGAGAUUCGUGGCCUUAUAUACGAUCAACCAGAAGCAAUAUACUUGAAACAUGUAAGUCUACCUCGAAAGGGUUAGCCGAGUCCUCGAACAAACAAGUCACAAGGAUGUAAUAAUAUCGAUAUCAGUAUCAUUAAGAUGUAUUCGUUUCGUCUAACUUCAUUUAAUUGUGUAACAUUUAAUUGUAAUUAUUUAUUGGGCACAACUGCAUACUGUGCAUGUGCACGUGCGCGAACCAAAUCACAGAAGGCACGUGCUCCGAAAAUUAUACGUUUGUCGCAAUCUGUCCUUUGGUUUUUAGCGUUAAACCAUUAUUGUUAGCUUUAUUUACGCGUUAUGCAGUCCCACGUGUCCGCCGGAUCAUGAACGAUCAUGAAUCCUCGGGCUCUCAGAGCGAGAUGAUCGCGAGAGGUCAUCGAGCCACGUUGGCUGCGAAUUCUGAGGUCCUUGGAUCGCGUUGUCCACUCGGACGGAGUUUCUGUCCGAACGAUUUAACUGUCGAGUUCUCCGACCUUCAGGUCCGCGGACGGCACUUGGGUUUCCAAGUGCUUGGGACAUAGAUCUAUGGUGUUCUCUUCCACGGAUCACACCUUUCUCGGAUUCUAACAUCCUUUAAGCGUUAUACAUACCUGAAUCUUAGGAUUGAUGCACCAGAAAAAAAAGGUAUCGUAAUGUAUUAUACCGUUUUAUAGUUGCCUAUUAUUAACAUUGCAGAGGGCAUAGUGUUAAAAAAAAAAAUAAUAAAGAAUUCCUCUCGA